CAAAAAGAAAACAAAGGCACCAGAGACAGAGACGCAACCCCAAGUCUCAGAGCGACGUCGUUUUAGUCGCGCUCUGGUUUUCCUGCUUUUCAUUCUCUCUCCACACCUGCCUCCCUCUCUUUCUCUCUCUACAAUUUUCGAAGAUGCGUCGCUCCUCUACCAGGAAAACGGGUCAGUCCAAUUCCGCCGCGUCGGUUAAUUCAUCUGCCACCGAUCUUUUUCGCUCUGCUUCAAGUAAGGCUACAAGCAAAGAGUUGGAACGAAUUGAUCAACUAUUUUAUUCAUAUGCGAAUAGGUCAUCCAAUCUGAUUGACCCAGAAGGCAUUGAGGUUCUUUGUUCAGAUGUGGAAGUGGAUCAUACUGAUGUCAGGAUAUUGAUGCUUGCUUGGAAGAUGAAAGCUGAAAAGCAGGGUUACUUUACGUUGGAGGAGUGGCGAAGAGGCCUCAAAGCUCUGCGAACUGACACUGUAAGCAAAUUGAAGAAAGCACUCCCUGAAUUGGAGAAAGAGGUCAGGAGGCCAUCAAAUUUUGUGGACUUCUAUUCCUAUGCAUUUCGGUAUUGCUUAACAGAGGAGAAACAAAAGAGUAUCGACAUUGAAAGCAUCUGCGAAUUGCUUGAUCUUGUUUUAGGAUCUCAAUUCCAAGCCCAGGUUGAUUCAUUUGUUGAGUAUCUAAAGACACAGAAUGAUUACAAAGUCAUUAACAUGGACCAGUGGAUGGGCUUUUUCCGAUUUUGCAAUGAGAUAAGUUUCCCUGACCUUCGUAAUUAUGAUCCGGAACUUGCUUGGCCCUUGAUCCUGGACAACUUUGUUGAAUGGAGGAGAGCGAAGCACAGCUGAAUUUUGGCAUCCAUUGGCAAACUUAUUUAUCUGUCUUCAAUCAUACUUACCAUUAAAGUAGGAAUGUGCUAGAAGUACACAUUUAUGUCACAUUGGCGACCUUUGCUAGAACUGCACAUUUCGAUUGCCUGGCCAUCCUUCUCCCAUUUCCUUUUUUCCAUCUUUUUUGUUAUACUAACGUGGAACUCUUGUUACAUCCCUUAGAAUUUUCUCAUCCGUGUCAUGGAGACGAUUGCGAAAAUGACAAUAUAUUUCCUUACAACUGUUUCUGUCAGCUUCAAUUGUUAAAUACUUGAACUAUUGCCCAAUUAAUUGAUCAAAGGAGUCUGGUCUGAUAUAAUUGUGGUGGUUUGAGUUGUUCUA